UGAAUGGCGCUCUCGAGGAAGCGCUUGUUUGACAUCUUAGUGCACCCAAUUCACCGGAAGUCCUGCAAGCGUUGCGAGUUGCAAGAUGGCUGCCCCCAUGUUGAGAAGGGCAGGAUUUGGGAUUUUGCGAGCUGGUAUUAGGCUGCAGCAAUGCCCAUGCAGCAGUUCAGCUUCUCAAUACCCAGGCAUUGUUGAAUCCCAGGAUGAGUAUCAUUUUGUGGAACGCCUGAUACCUCCUACCCGUAUUCCAGAGCCCCCAAAGCAUCAGUCAAAGACGCCAUCCGGUUGGAUACCCCCCAGAGAUCCACCACCUGAUCUCCCCUACAUCAUUAGACGAUCUCGAAUGCACAAUGUGCCUGUGUAUACAGAUAUCACCCAUGGCAACCGUCAAAUGACUGUCAUUCGCAAAAUUGAAGGAGAUAUAUGGGCUUUGUCAGCUGAUGUCCAAGCUUUCCUGACACAGCUUACAGGGAAGGAACGUCCAAUCCAAGUUAACGAAGUCAACCGAACAAUUCGAAUUAAAGGUUACUAUGACAAGGAGCUACAAGCCUGGCUGGCAGAGAAAGGAUUUUGAUACAAGCUUGAUCAGAUGAGACGUAGUCUGAAAAGUCUGAUUAUCUCUGGCCUUGUAUGAAUAAAAUAUAUUCACUACUACUACCACUAAAA